UACUAAACCAGCGUUAACGAAGAUAGUGCAAUCAUUAUAACUGAUGUGUUUGGGAGGCCGGAAGAAAGUUCAUGUGAAAUGUGAAAACCAGACGUAACUACAAACGAACACGUUAGUUCGUAUCGUAACACAUAAAAUAUCUCAGUUCGAUACCGGUAAAUAUACCACGCGUUUAUAAAAUCACAUUUUUUCAAUCGUUCCUAUGUCAGACUCGGCAAUUUUCUGUUAAAAAAAAGUUUAAAGUUAUGUCAGUGUCGUAUAGAUCGUUAACUGAAUUUUAUUGGGACGAAUUAUCAAGUUAUAUUGGCGGAUGUGGAACGCUGAAGAUGCUAAUUGGAAAUCAUAAAGUUGGUUUGUGAAAAAAGAAGAUGUCCAAAGUGAACGAUAUGUACAAAUCGUCCCAAAAAACGGUCUUGAAAGAUGUGAACGGUUCUAGGAUUGAUAACAUCAGUAAUGACUUUCUACGAAUACCUGAAAAGAAACUGAAUCAACUAAAUUCACCAGAAAUACGUUGUUCUCCAUCGCCAUGCGUUUUUGACUUUGAAGGAAAUAUAAUUCGAAGGUGUGGAGAGACAAAAGAAACGAAAAAGUUGUCUGAAAAUACGUUAAAUCCCAAUCGAUCUCCGUCAAGAACCCCAUCUCCUGCAUCAGACUGUUCCCCCCGUUUAGGAAGAAGGGGCAGCAAUUUCAGAAGAAGUAAUAGUCCUUCUAGUCCUAUAUUAGGGUCUAGACGGGGCUCUACAACAGGUUAUGAACAAUAUCAAAAGAGUUUAUUAGAAGUACCGAUUUGUGUAGAUUAUGGAGAUCCUUCCAGUGAUGAUUUGAGUUCGGAAUGGGAUUCAGAUGUGCCCGAACCAAAAAAAGAAAUUCAGACGAAGGUACUUGCUUAUUUUAUUUUUUUUAUAGUACUGUUCAAGUUUCCGAAAUUAAAUUAUAUUAUCAGAAGAUUAAAUUUGGAUAUUUUUGAAGUCUUCUAAUGUAUCAGAUGGAUACGAAUUGGAAAUAUUAUUGAACUCUAAAAAUAUUUAGAUUUACUUACGUAAAAUGUGGCUUCUUACUGAGUAAUACUUACUCAUACUCUUCGGGAUGUGUAUUUGCACCGUACACUGCUAAAAAUUUAUUUGGUAAUUCAAA